AUGAGGACUCUUCCAGAGACCUGUGACCAGGAGCUGAGAACAGGUGCAAAGAAAGAACAAUGCCUUCAGGGGAAAAGCCUACUUCUGUGUACACUUCUCAGUACUCUCCUUGGCUUUACACUGCUUAUCACCUACAUCAUGAUGACUUGUGGUCUAGGAUCCUGUGAUGCCGAGCUGGGUCUUACACUAUUGGCCAGACUCCUGAAUUCUAGGAAUGACACUGUAGACCCCUGUGAGGAUUUCUACAAAUAUGCCUGUGGCAGCUGGGAACGCAAACACUCAAGCAGAACCACAGAAGAAUCACUAAAUGUAUUUGAUGUGUUGUUGGAAGAAAACCAGUUGAUCCUGAAAAGCCUUUUAGAGGGCCCACAGUUUGGGAUAAGAGGCUCAGCUAAGGAGAAGGCAAUCCAGUUUUAUCGCUCCUGCAUGGAUACCCAACAGAUAGAAUCUCAAGGGAUUGAACCACUGAAGAACCUCCUAAAUCAGGUUGGUGGAUGGAAUAUCACAGGUGUGGGGAAAGCAAAAGAUUUUAAUGAAACUCUUCAAACUCUCAUGGGCAGAUACAACACCUUUCCCUUUUUCAGAGUCCAUGUGGGACCUAGUCCUUUUGACCUCAAGACCAAUAUUAUUCAGAUUGACCAUCCUGAGUUUGAGAUGCCACCUGAGAGUAAAUUCAAAGAGAAAAAUUAUCUUGAGGUUCUCCGUGUGUAUCUCUCAUAUUUGAAGAAGCUGGGGGGCCUACUUGGAGGGCCACAGGAUGGUCCCCCUGAUUCCUUUUCCCUUACCUUGUCCUUCAUCUCCAACCUCCAGCAAGUUGUCACCCCACUGCAGGAAAGACGGCAGAGGGGAAUGCUGUUCUUUCGCACUACCAUUAGGGAGCUACAGGAAAAGGCACCUGCUAUUGACUGGCUGUCAUGUCUCCAGGCUGUUUUCCAUCCUAUGCCAAUGAACCUCUCUCAGCCAAUUGUAGUGCAUGACAUGGAUUACUUAAAAGGCAUGUCACAGCUCAUCGAACAAUGGCAGAAGGAAAGGGUCCUUCACAUUUAUAUGAUUGUUUGUCUGGUUGGGACUCUCUCCCCAGCCCUUGACAGUCGAUUCCAAGAUGCACGCCUGGACCUAUCUAAGAUUCUGUAUGGAAAAAUGGGAUCUAGAAUGAUCCCAGCUGAGCGCUGGAGGAAGUGCUUGACUGAUACCAGUUCUUUCUUUGAGCCAGUUCUAGCGCAGAUGAUUGUGCAAGAAAUUUUCCCUCAGCAGACCAAGGAACUAGCUGAGCAGAUGUUCUCUGAGAUCCAAGAUGCCCUCUAUGGCCAACUGGAUCAUUUUGAGUGGAUGGAUGAACAGACUCGCCAAGAGGCUAAAGUCUUGGUUUCCAAACUACAAGUAGAGAUCGGCUAUCCAGCUCACAUACUCCAGACUGCCAAAGUGAACCUGGAAUAUCAGAAUUUGGAGAUAAAUGAAGACAGUUUUUUCCUCAAUGUGGUGGCUUGCUUGAAAGUACUGAGGGAAAAUUCCUACUUGAAACUCCUUCAACAUCACUCACAGGAUAACUGGCAUGUGUCCCCCUGGACUGUGCAUUCAUACUACUCAAUAAGGCACAACAUGGUGGUCUUUCCUGCUGGAAUGUUCCGCAGCCCUUUUUUCCACAUGGAGUUUCCCAGUGCUGUGAACUUUGGAGCCAUCGGGUUCUUCAUGGCGCAUGAACUUCUUCACGUAUUCUAUGGUUAUGUGCUGCCUGGAGGAUGCCCUACAUGCAACGGGAGUGCACUACAGAAGUCUAUAGACUGCUUGGUUGAACAGUAUGAAAGCUAUGACUUUAAGGUCAAUGGUACUUUUACACUCUUGGAGAAUACAGCUGACACUGGAGGGCUCGCCAUUGCUUACCAGGCCUAUAAGAAUUGGCUGAAAAAGCACAAAGAAGAGAAGGAUUUACCUAAGACUGGACUUUCACGUGACCAGCUUUUCUACCUCAGUUUUGCUCAUGCAAUGUGUGGACACCAGGAUCCUGAGAAACUAGAGUUGUCUCUGAACACAGAUCCGCACAGUCCCUUGCCACUUCGUGUCUGUGGGCCUGUCAGCAAUAGCCAGGACUUUGCUAAGCACUUCCACUGUUCCAGUGGAUCGCCAAUGAAUCCAGAAAACAAGUGCCACAUCUGGUAAUCUGCAUGGAAAAGGAGGAAGAGAGAUACGACCCCAGGGAGAGGAAGGCCUGAUCCAUGAAAGUAUGACCAUCUUCUCAGGGCCCCUAGGGUGACAUGGCGCUCUCAUUCACUCCUCUACCUUCCUUUUCUUGUUAUCUUUUCCUCAGCAGUUGAUGGUAGCAAAAUUCUUAAACUGAGCUCAUAAGGGAAGAGGGUCUCCUCCUACUGCUCUCAGCACUCUGUCCCAGAUGCGAGUUUGGCAAGUUCCAAGGUAGCAAGAUGACUGGCCAGUCUCUAGUAGGCAAGAACUUCUGAGGAGUUGUAAACAGAAGGACUGUUACAAUAUUAGUCCCUCUGGUCAGUGCACUUCCCUGUCUACU